GCCUCUACUGUGUGCCGUCAGUCGCCUGUGUCAUCGCGCUCCGUAAACAUCUUUCAUUCGUUCGUAUACGGUCGCCGCCACUGCUUCGCUGGUCGUACGCAAACUUCCAGGGUCUUUUCUUCUCCGUUCUCCCGUUCAAAAGUCCAGCAUCACUUCUUUGGAAUGCACCCUUUAUGGGUGGCAUUGCCAUUAUGCUUGGCUCUAUGUAUUCCUCUACAAGCCGAAAUUUACACAGCUCUCUCCGAACUCGAAGAAUUGUUAGAAACGGAAUCUGUUCUUUUGCGAACUUUACAUCAAUACAUUUCUGAUCAAGAACAUAGAAUACUAUUAUUAAAAAAGCAUGCCGAAGAUUACGAAAAAGAACAUUCAAUCGCAUCCAGAGACGUUACUAAUUAUCUAUCAAACCCCAUCAAUGAUUAUUUAUUGGUGAAACGAUUAACUAGUGAUUGGCAUAAAACAGAGAAGUUGAUGCAAGAUCCACAUUAUGAAACUGCUAUGAGAAAUCUAACCCAAUAUCGUGAACUCUUAAAAUUCCCUACUGAUGAAGAUUUAACUGGUGCUGCAACUGCACUAAUUCGAUUACAAGACACGUAUAAACUCGACACUGCAUCUGUAGCUAGAGGAGAGCUGAACGGAAUUCAAUACAGUACUCAACUUUCUGCUGGUGAUUGUUUUGAACUCGGUCGUCAGUCUUACAAUGGGCAGGACUUUUACCAUACUGAAUUGUGGAUGAACGAAGCUUUAACUAGACAUGAACAAGAAAGAUCUAAUUCAACUGUUCGUUGGGAGAUUUUAGAAUAUCUUGCGUACUCCACUUUUAUGCAAGGAAAUUUAAAAAAAGCAUUAGAUUUAACUAUUGAAUUAUUAUCAAUACUUCCAAACCAUGAACGUGCUCUAGGCAAUUUAGCAUACUAUGAGGCUGCAAUAAAAAAUGGAACCACUGAAGUUGAAAAGAGUAAACACUCUGCAAAAGUUGGUUCAACAAUGUUAGACCCCGAAGAACGAGAUCGAUAUCAUAUGCUUUGCAGAAAUGAAAACUUAAUGUCAAUCGAACUUAGUUCAAAACUGCGAUGUCGUUAUACUAAUAACAAUAGAAAUCCACUCUUAUUGAUCGCUCCACUUAAAGAAGAAGAGGCUUAUUUAAGUCCACGAAUACUUCUUUAUCGAGAAGUCUUAUAUGACAAUGAAAUAGAAAUUAUUAAGCGUAUGGCUCAGCCUCGACUCAAAAGAGCUACUGUGCAAAAUUAUAAGACUGGUGAAUUAGAAACUGCUGAUUAUCGAAUUAGCAAAUCCGCUUGGUUGAAAGAACACGAAGAUGUUGUAGUCGCAAAUGUUGCUAGAAGAGUUGAAGCCAUUACGGGUCUUACUACAGAAACAGCUGAAGAACUUCAAGUUGUUAACUAUGGAGUGGGUGGUCAUUAUGACCCUCAUUAUGACUUUGCUAGAUCAGAAGAAACUAAUGCCUUCAAGUCAUUAGGAACCGGAAAUAGAAUUGCUACAGUCUUAUUUUACAUGAGUGAUGUUCCUCAAGGAGGAUCUACUGUAUUUCCUUGGUUAGGCGUAGCAUUGCAGCCAGUUAAAGGAACAGCUGCUGUAUGGUUCAAUUUAUUUCCCAGUGGAAAUGGAGAUCUUAGAACUAGACAUGCUGCUUGUCCUGUACUUCAAGGAUCAAAAUGGGUAUGUAAUAAAUGGUUGCACGAAGUGGGUCAAGAAUUCAGAAGACCCUGUGAUCCUAAAGAAAACAUCCAGGAAACUACUGGCAAAUAAUUUUGAAAACGUUGAACUUCUUCAAUAUAAGUUGAAUUUUUAAAUGUUUAAUGUAUCAUUCUCAUCAUA